CUUUACCUCGACUUUAUCUUCAGGUUUUUGUUAAGUUCGGAUUUAAGUUCCGGUGUCUGUCUUCAGAGAUGGACCUGAGAGAAAACCUGCCCCAACAGCCAAACAAAGGGGUAUAGCUCGAGAUUUGGUAGGGUCGAUCUAUCUUAUUCGAAUCUUGGAAUGUGAUCGGGUGCUUAUCUGAUGAUCUAGAGAGGGAAAUCAUCGGGGAAAGGGAUGAUAGAAUUUUCCUGAGUUUGUAAUAUGAAGGAAAGGGAAGAAAAGACAACUUUUCUUUCGAUGCGUUCGGUAUCCGGAAAUUCAAUUCAACCCGACUAACUAAUCAAGAGCAUGCCAAGAAAAAAACAUCUAUAUGAGGAGUUUUUUCUUUUUUGUUCCCUCGCGCCUGCGGUUCAUGAGCAACCGACAACCGUGACCUGAACGAAGGGUUUCCGCUUCCGUCGUCUUCCUCCCUCCUCCCGCCAGCGAAUGUCCGACGAGCCCUGUCUCCGGAAAUUACACAAAUGCCACUCCCCAUGCCCCGAAUUCACCGGCGUCCACCUUCUCCCCUCUUCUCCCCGCCCGACGCUCUCCUCGCCGACAAGGCAAUCACGUACCUCAGGCGCCACCCCCACUGCCUCAGCUACCUCUCCCGCAUCUUCACCCCUGAGGCCGCCUCCGCUUUGCUCCUCAAAUCCCAGAACGACCAGUCCCUGACACUGAAGUUCGUCGGCUGGGCCAGGCCCCAUCGGUUCUUCAACCCCUACUGCAAGUGCCUCGCGCUCCACGUCCUCACCCGCUUCAAGCUCUACAAGACCGCCCAGUCACUCGCGGAGGCCCUCGCGCUCGAGACGCAGGGCGAGCCCGAGGACCCGGUAUUUUCGCAUCUUAGAGAUUCCCAUGACCUGUGCAGUUCCAGCUCCUCCGUGUUUGAUCUGGUCGUGAAGUCCUAUUCUCACUUGCAUAUGGUCGACAGAGCUCGGGACUUCGUCGGCCGAGUGAAGUCUCACGGGUUUAUGCCCGGUGUCCUCUCGUAUAAUGCGAUUUUGGAUGCCAUGAUUAGAUCUAGGAAGUCGGUUAAGUCCGUUGAAGAGGUAUAUGGGGACAUGACUAAGACUGGGAUUUCGCCGAAUGUGUUUACCUACAACAUUCUGAUGAGGGGUUUCUGCGGAGCGGGGAACAUGGAAAUGGGUUUGAGUAUUUUCAGGGAAAUGGAGAAUAAGGGUUGUUUGCCGAAUGUGGUCACUUACAAUACCUUGAUUGAUGCGUAUUGCAAAUCAGGGAAGAUUGGUGCUGCGAAUGAAUUGUUGAGAUCAAUGGAGUCGAAGAACUUGGAGCCGAAUUUGAUUUCAUAUAACAUGAUCAUCAACGGGCUGUGUCGAGGAGGGAGGAUGAAGGAGACCAGUGAGGUUCUCAGCAGAAUGAGCCGGUAUGGUUUGGUUCCCGACGAGGUUACAUAUAAUACCCUUGUGAACGGGUAUUGUAAGGAGGGUAACUUUCAUGAAGCGCUUAUGUUGCAUGCCGAGAUGCUAAGAAAUGGGCUAUCGCCCAAUGUGAUUACUUACACUUCCUUGAUUAAUAGCAUGUGUAAGGCUAGGAAUCUAAACAGGGCAAUGGAGUUUCUUGAUCAGAUGCGUAACCGGGGGCUGCAUCCUAAUCAGAUGACCUACACGACAUUGAUCGAUGGUUUCUCACAACAGGGGUUUUUGAAAGAGGCGUACCGGGUGGUGGAGGAAAUGAGGGAGAAUGGAUUCUCACCUACCAUUGUUACAUACAAUGCUCUGAUUAACGGACAUUGCGUGUUGGGAAGAAUGGAGGAAGCUAUUGGAGUUAUUCGUGAUAUGGAGAAAGAUGGGAUUGCUCCUGAUGUUGUCAGCUACUGUACGGUUAUAGCUGGAUUCUGCAAGCACCGGGAUUUGGAUAAGGCAUUUGAAAUGAAAAGGGAGAUGUCCGAUAAGGGCAUCGCAGCUGAUGCCAUCACUUAUUCAUCUCUAAUUCAAGGGCUUUGUGGAAUGAGAAGACUUGCCGAAGCUUGUGACCUCUUUCAAGAAAUGUUCCGGGUUGGACUAUUUCCUGAUGAAUAUGCUUACACAACCCUAAUAAAUGCGUAUUGUGCAGAAGGGAAUCUGAGUGAGGCUAUGGUCUUGCACAAUGAGAUGAUCAGGAAAGGUUUCCUUCCCGAUGUGGUAACCUACAGUGUCCUGAUCAAUGGACUCAAUAAAAAAGCCCGGACAAGAGAAGCCAAGAGGCUUCUGCUUAAAUUGUUCUAUGAUGAAUCCGUUCCAGAUGAUGUCACAUAUGAUACGCUGAUAGAAAAUUGCGCAGGUGUGGAAUUCGAAAGUGUGGUAGCUCUGCUGAAAGGGUUCUGUAUGAAGGGUCUGAUGAACGAAGCAGAUAGAGUUUUCAAUUCAAUGCUUCAGAGGAAUUAUAAACCUAAUGAAGCAGUUUAUAAUAUCAUCAUACACGGUCAUUGCAGGGGAGGAAGCGUUCAGAAGGCAUUUAGUUUGUACAAGGAAAUGGUUCGUGAAGGUCUUGUCCCUCAUACUGUUACCGUUAUGGCACUAAUUAAAGCACUGCAUGGGAAGGAGAUGAAUGAUGAGUUGACCAAAGUUAUCGGGAACACAAUGAGAAGCUGUAAGCUUGCUGAUGCUGAACUUGCUAAGGUCCUUGUUGAGAUCAACCAUAAGGAAGGAAAUAUGGAUGCCUUGUUCAAUGUGCUAUCCGAGAUGGCAAGGAACGGGCUCCUUCCGAACAGUGGAAGAACCGCUUAUGCUGGGUGAUGGUUUGGAGAUAAAUCAAAAUGAUAUACCUUAGGGAUGAUAGGAUCGUGAAGAUAAAGGUGCGCUUGAAAUGGUUUAUGUGGUUUCACGAUCGGGUUUCGACAGAACCCCCAGAAAACUGUUAUCAUCAUUGCAAGGGAGCACCUUUACUACGAUCAGAACCCCCAGAAAAAUGUUAUCAUCAUUGCAAGGGAGCACCUUUACUAUGCCGAUAGCCAUUUGGACUUCAUGUGAAAAUUCUUCUCAUACAUUGCUUCUGAAACAUUCAAAGUGUCAAACAGACUGAUUGGUAUACUCAUUGACCGAGUUGUGCCGCUUGACUGGAGUAAACCGCGGAUGGAGGCGCUUCAGUAUGUAUAUUGCAGGCUCUGUGCAAAUGAGUGGGCGUAAAUGCUUCGUCCCCUGUAUAAUGCUGUGCAUCGAUAAUUCUUACUUGUCUGUAAGAUCAUUGGAAUUCUUCUUGUUACAGAAUCCUUACUGGAAUUGCCGACGGAGUCUUAUGACGACUGCAAAAAGGCUUGGGAUCAAUAUCUGGGUCUUAUUGCAUUUCUAGAAGGGAUUACAAACGGGGGUAGAAACCUCUGAAUUUGCAGGUCCUUUGUUGUGUAUAGGUUUUCUUCUUUGGGCUCUGGUUGGUUUCUGAUAGGCUUUGAUGUAAGGGUGGCGGCUCACCAUCAUUCUCAUAGCAGAGUAUUAUCGUUAGAGAACACUGGUCGAGAUGAAUGAAAGUAUGAUCUCAGACAGAACUGUCUUUCCAGUUGAUAUAUAAGGCUUCAUGGCAUACCUGUUGGAAGUUUCACCA